GGCAAAUACUCAUUCACACGGGACUGGGUAUUAUUUAACCUUCAAAGAUGGCCAGGAUGGCAAGCACAGGUUUCAAAUAUCUGCAUAUCAUUCCACAUAUCCACUUUGAUUUGUGUAAAGCUGGAUAGUGGACAGUGUUUUUUUCGCUGAAAUGAGAGCACAAGGCCUUUUUCUCCACACAUCUUUUAGUGGCGGAGUGUGGGAGUGGUUUGGAGCGAGCGCUCGCGUGUCAUUCAAGUGGACUCAGCUCCUGGCACGCGCCUCUGCUGACGUGAAGCGUAGCGCACAAAGCUGAAGUUUGGUCAAACGGUCCGGCUGAUCCGGUUUGCAGCGCGCUCACUGCUCCUUUGACAAACCUCUUAUCAGACUGUUUUCCUCCUCAGACUCAACCUUUUACCUCAGCUGAGCCCGUCAUGUAGCCAGCGCGCGCUGAGAGGAGCUCCGGGGGGAAAAGCUUGCAGGAUUUAGCGGCUCGGGGGCAAAGCAGGGCGUGCAGCUUGCUGGUCUCCUGUGCGGGGUCCGGGGAGCGCCGGGGCGGACGGGCCACCAUGCUCCGGCCGUGGGCUGCGCACUGGAUCACAGCGGUGCUCCUGUGCGGGGCGGUGGCGCAGUACUCCAGCGACCAGUGCAGCUGGAAGGGAAGGUGAGGAUGAAGCUGGACAAAGAAUUUUCGGUUAUAUCAUUGCUAUUUGUAUUUUUAUUGGGUAACACAUCCAGGACACAACUCGUUAAAAUGUUUUCAGCUUGUUUUGCUUAUUACUUUUUGAAGACAGGACCCUUCUCCUGCUUGAAUUUAAUGCGCCUCAGACUUUAACCCGGAAAAUAUCUAAUUUAUAUGUGUGUGUGUGUGUGUGUGUGUGUGUGUGUGUGUGUGUGUGUGUGUGUGUGUGUGUGUGUGUGGAGAUACCUCAUGGAUGUUGAUUAAAAGAGACCUGAAGGGUUACUGAGAGGUUAGGGGGGAAAAUAAUCAGUUAAGCAGUUGGGGAUGUUUUCAGCUGUUUCAUUUGCUUAUUCAGAAAACCUGUGACAUCAGAUCUCAGUAAAUCAAAUGAAAAUCUUAAUUAAAAUCUCCCUUCUUGCUCAAUGGCUCUCCUCAGACUGGAAAAUGACUCAUACAAUGACUGAAACCAAUUACAUAGGGACAGGAGAUGCUUUAGUCGACAUGAGAGUAAAACUUCCCCAACAUGUCAUAUAUGUCAGUUUAAACAGGGCCUCUUUUCUUCUAGAAACGUAUGAUCACAGGAAUGUUUCUGGUCCGGCUCUUAUCUCAAGUAAAUACAGCUAUAUGGUCUCUUGGAUCACUCCUCCAAGUCCCCAAGUCAUAAAAAAUGAAAGCCCGCGCUCCGCACCCUGUGCUGUAAAGUUUAGCAGCCUCAGACUUCUAACGACUUAAUAGCCCAAUCAGUUCCUGGUGUUGAGGUAGCUUAUGCACAUCAGAGGCAAGCAACCACAUCCAUCUAAAGUGGGAGAUUUGUUGGCAGACAGCUGCAUCAACAUUAUUGUGACUCAGUGUUGGAUUAUCUUUAAACCCUACCAUAUGUUUCUUUUACUCCUCGUAGCACAUUUCCUCUUAGAUGUGUAUGCUUUCACAUUGAGACUCAUGCCAGUGUGUCAAGUGUUGUUACUGUUCUGUUUUCUGAUCAACCUCAUGUUUUUUUGGCACCUGAUCCUCUUUGGUCAAGAGAGGAAACAGCAUAUUCCAGAUCAACAUGACAAAAUCAACAUCUGCAUUCUCUCUGCAGUGGUUUGAGCCACGAGUCUCAUCGCAGAGAUGUGGAGCAGGUCUAUCUGCGCUGCUCUCAGGGCUCUCUGGAGUGGCUCUACCCAACAGGAGCCAUCAUUGUUAACCUGCGGCCAAACACAGAGCCCUCAUCAGGACACACAGCUGGUCUACAUGUGUGCAUAAAACCCCACAUCUACUCCAAGGUUAACCACAAAAACACUAUUGAGAAGUAAAAGUGUAACACUCAGAUACAGCUACUGCAGUGUCACAUGUUGGACACAUGUACCUUAAAGUGUGUGUAUUUAUGUUCAGGGCUCCAAUGUGUAUCUGGAGCGUGCUGGGGAUCUGACACUGCUGCUGACAGAGAAGGACCAGGCUGAGGGCUCAGUUCACUGCUUCACUCUCACAGAGGGGGCUCUCUUUGUGGAGGCUGUCCCUCAGACAGACAUCAGCCGCAGGAUCACUGCUUUCCAAUAUGAGCUGGUACCAAGUCAGGGGCCUGGAGCGCACAUGUACCCAUACCUGCACCCUGGUUUAGGUAAAAAAAAAAAAAGCAUGCACCCAUUUUAUGAUGUUUUUUUAAUGUUCAUGUGCUGUCUCAUUCGCUUGUAUCAUGGGGUUUAAUAUUUUGUAGCCCUUUCAAACAACUGUGGGGACUUUUGCCACUGAAAAAAACUAAUUUUCUGCUGCUAUUGCCUCGUGAUUUUGCGUGUGAACAGUAAAACAGAAUGUUGUUUUUCUAUUUGCUUCAUGCUGCCUUAAAAAUUUUCAUUUCUCAGUUCACACGGGGUCUUUAUGUAAAAUGUAAUCCUAAUUUUAGUUUUCUCUUUGGUAAAAAUCCCAGGCCAUCACAUUACAACCUUUUAUUUCCAAAUCCAGCACUAAUAACCGUCCAUUACACUCCACCACAAGUAUUUAAACCGAUUUCACACAUUUCAAAUUAUAUUUUGCAUGAUUAUAAAAUUGUAAGCAAGAGCUGCAUGUAAAAUGGGCCAUCCUUGGAUUCAGAGAAACCAUGUAUUGUUGGAAAAUCAUAUCUAGGAAGUAAAUUGUAGGCCAAAGUUGUUUUAAGAAGGUGACACUGAAGUGUUAGAUGUAAACACUUAGAUAAACUAGUACAGAAUAGCUAAAAUACCACCUUCCUCUGACGAAGCAAAGAACGCAUGCUGCAGAGGCCACAUUUUUUUGACAGAGCUGUCAAUCGUGACAUUACAUCUCCUUUUUUAGUAUCAAAUAACUAAAUAAUACUAAACUUAAAAAAAAAAAAAUCACAGUAUCACAUGUUUUAGGAUAAGAACCAGCCAUUAUGAUGGAAAGCACAUUUAAGAAAAACGAUUUGUUGUGUAUUUUCAUUUCCUAGUUUAAGCCGUGCUCCAUCUGUUAUACAGAAAGAGGUGAGCUUUAUAACUACCUACCUAUACUGCAGCAAGUCAGCAGGGGGAGCUCUACAAAGAUUCACUUUAUAGGAGAAUGAUAAGUAUGUUAUCUAUCUUUUAUCAGUCUUUGGGGGCUCUUUUUCAUGGGGGCGCCUUUUAAGAGACGGAUAAGAAACUGAGAGGAGAAAGGAGGAAGUGACAAGUCAAAGGGACGUGAGUUGGAGUCAAAUUUAAGCCGCUUGCUUCGAGGACUGUAGACAAAGCAGUGGACAAAGGAGUCUUUACUUGUCUUGUCCCCUACAUAACAAAAAAGUAACUUUUGGAAAAAGUAUCUCAUCCUGCCUGCUUUUGAAGGGAAGAUGUAUCAUUUAUCUAAAAAAAAUUAUGGUAAAAAAUGCAAAAACAGGCCUCUUUUUUACCUCUCAGCUGACACCCCUUCCCCCCCCUCACGUCAAUUUUGUGCUCUUAAAAUUAGGAUUAAAAAAAUUCGUCAAUAUUGUUGCUAAUGGUCUUGUUUUUUAGAUGGCAUCAAUAUGAAUUUCAGUCUGUUUAAUAAACAUCAAAAAAAAGCUUUAAUAUUUUAUACAUUUCAGGGGUAAAGUUUGAAAAUUUGUUUUUUAGUUGCAUGUAUCUGACAACUAUUGUCACUGUUUUUAUGCAAGUUUAAGUUGAAUGCUCAAACACAAGAUAGAUCUAUACAUGACAAAGACCUUACUGGCAUAGAGUGAAGGUGACAAAAGGCCACAAUACUGUUUCACCCCCAUUUCUUCCUCUCACCUAUGUGCUGCCCUUUUCUUACACCCUCUCCUCCCCCACUUCCUCACUCCCACACUCCCCUGUCUCUUCCAGACUUAUGAAAACAAGCAGGCCAAUCAAAAGGUCAUGCUGGGGUUCAACACAAGUGUCAGCCAAUCGUCUCUUAACUGUCAAUCAAGAACAGACCUCCCUGAAAAACAAGGGUAGUUUAGAGAGCCCGCCGUAUUAUAAAAUCUGUCUGGUAGAGAGAAAAAGUCUGCAAUGCUCUCCUAAUGAGACUGAAGAAAGCCUGUCCAAGACUGUGUGUCUGUGUAUGUGUGUGUGUGUCUGAAGGCUUUAUAGCUGUUUUUAUAGCUGACAGGGUCAAGGGGCGAUCCUGUGAUUACGUCUCCUCCCUCACCUGCUGUCCUCAUUCACACACUCUCUUGAUGUCUCUUUGGUCUCAUAAACACACCAGAACUGAGAAAAAAGAGAGGGAAGAUGAAGCAGUCUAGGAGUAAAACAACAAUUAAAUCAGAUAAAGUAAAGCCAAUAAGAGAUACAACAGAGUAUUAGGGCCACAUUAAGAAAAACAAAACGAGUCAAGACUUUGAGAUUGAAGUCGGUAAUUUACGAGAAAAAAGUCAUUACUAACAUGAAUUAUUACCAACUAUUAUUACCAAUUAUUACCAACGAGAAUAGAUUUGUAAUAAAAUCAUUACAUAGGAGAAUAAAGUCAUAAUGAAGUAGGCUAAUUACUUACAAGAAUAAAGUUGUAAUAACAUCAUUACUUACAAGAAUAAAGUCAUAAUAAAGUAGGCUAAUUAAUUACGAGAAUAAAGUUGUAAUAACAUCAUUACUUACAAGAAUAAAGUCGUAAUAAAAUCAUUACUUACAAGAAUAAAGUCAAAAUAAAGUAGGCUAAUUAAUUACGAAAAUAAAAUUGUAAUAACAUCAUUACUUACAAGAAUAAAGUCAUAAUAAAGUAGGCUAAUUAAUUACGAGAAUAAAGUUGUAAUGACAUCAUUACUUACAAGAAUAAAGCCGUAAUAAAGUAGGCUAAUUAAUUACGAGAAUAAAGUUGUAAUGACAUCAUUACUAACAAGAAUAAAGUCGUAAUAAAAUCAUUACUUACAAGAAUAAAGUCAAAAUAAAGUAGGCUAAUCACUUGCGAGAAUAAAGUUGUAAUAACAUCAUUACUUACAAGAAUAAAGUCGUAUUAAAAUUAUUACUUAUGAGAAUGAAGUUGUAAUAAAGUAAUUACUUACGAGGAUAAAGUCGUAAUACAAUCAUUAUGAUGCUUCUGAUAAUGUGGUGCUGAUGUGCCAAAAGAUUUAGUAUAUCCUUGUUUCAGAAACCUAUAAUGAAGUACAUUUUCAUGAAGUGCUCCAUGGCUCUCAUUUCAACAACUGUCAUCUUAAACAACAGCUUAGAAUAUAAGGACUUUAUUCUCGUAAGUUAACAACUUUAAUCUCAAAGUCUUAAAUUAUUUUUUCUUAAUAUGGCCCCAAUACUCCAUCGUAGAAAGAAGACACAAGUUAGAGACAAUAUGAACUUAUUUGUUGUUCAGUGCUUAAAUGUCUAAUAUUUCUCCUUUCAUUUCCUCUUAUAUUAGUUACCUGCACACCCUGCUCAGAUGAAGAGGUCCUCCUGGCUGUUUGCACCAGUGACUUUGGUAAACACAUACACACAAACACACUGAAAAAAUACUUGAAGUUUGUGAGUAAACUUGCCACAAAUGUUGAUCGAAGCCUCAUGUCUUUCAAUCAGUAUGAAGCUGUUAGCCUGGCUUAACAAAGUCCUUACCUUAUUUUUGAUCUGAAAAUUAUCUAAUGCUCAUUCCACUUCCAUCUUCUGGUGGAGUUUCCUGAAGACAGCAGUUAGAAAUGAAAGCAAAUCAGGAAGAAACGUGACCAAAAAGAGAAAAACUACAACUGCAAAUACAAAACCUAAAGACGAUAAUCAACAACACCAAGGAGCUGCUGCCUUUUAGUGUAAUGGCUUGAGAUAAUGUAGCCGCCUGUCACUGAUCAUUUCAAAUUCAGUAAAACAAACUUUCGAUUUAUCACCACCUUCAGUUCCAGACAGACUUGAUUCAUCGUGUUGAUCUCCCCCUCUCUCUUUUCCUGUAUCUGUAGCUGGCAGUGGCGUCUUUCAAGGUGUGUCCUCAGUUUCAACGAGAAACGACCACCCCCCUGUUGCUGUGACUCUGAGUCGGCUGUUUCGUCAGAAGAGCAGAGUGUUUGCUUGGAGUGGAGCCAGAGGGCGGCGUUGGAGUGGACGCAUCAGUGUUCCCGCACAGUGCGGUGUGAACCCUCAUGGGGAUGAGUACCUUUUUACCGGCUUCAUUCAUUUUGGUGAAGCCUGGCUUGGCUGUGCACCUCGCUACAAGGAUUUCUUGAGGCUGUACAACAGAGCACAGCAAGCUGGAACAAACCCAUGUGAAAUAGACACAGACUGAAAGAUGCCCUCAUGUUUCGGAGUGGACAAAGAUGGGGUGCCUCCAGCAGAGACAAAGAUGGAUAGAGGCACAGUAAUAGAAGCAGAGGAAUGAACCCAGUACUGACAUUUCAAGCUUCUCCUGCACUUUUUCUUAAAUCGGUGAGAUUCAGUGCUGCCCUACAGUCAAAAAGACAGUUUGGAACGUCAAAAAAAACCUCUUUGACUGAUAGUGUGUUUGUGUGUGUGUUUAAGUGACAAUGAAUGAAUGAAAAAUGAGCUUGAAUGAAUUUUGUUUCUAACUGGUUCAGUUUUGUAAAGCUUGUGUGAUCAUUCUCGAAAUGAAAGUUUGCUUUGUAAAAAGCUUUGUGUAAAAAUUAGGAGUCUUCUGACAGAAGUGUAUGGUAUGCAGCUCUGUGAGUCUUUAUCUACUGCGUGUGUGUAAGUGUGUGUGUGUGUGUGUGUGUGUGUGUGUGUGUGUGGGUGUGUUGGUAAGUAUGUGUUUGUGUGAGUUUUGCUAAUGAGUUCAGGUGGUUUUUAUAUAUACAGAAAAUAAAAGCCAAUCUUCUA